CCGCUUCCAGCCUUCCCCCACUCGCGGAAACUUCUUCAGCGAGCAAGAAAUUGUCCGUACGAUUUUGCUCGUCGUCCCCACGAAAGGAAUCGUCUUCUCGUCUCGUCCGGCGUCGAAAUCGAAUCCCAUCGCGUCUUCAAUCCGGCGAGAUCGAGCUGAAAUUGCCGAGGCAGAGAAGGGGAAGCGAGGCGGAAAUGGCGAUGGCGGGUCUGUACAGGCGCGUCCUCCCUUCUCCGCCUGCGAUCGAUUUCGCUUCCAACGAAGGGAAGAAGCUCUUCAUCGAUGCCAUCCAAGCUGGGACGAUGGAAGGAUUUUAUAAGUUGAUCUCUUACUUUCAAACACAGUCAGAGCCUGCAUAUUGUGGAUUGGCUAGCCUCUCAAUGGUCUUGAAUGCCCUUGCCAUUGACCCCAGAAGGAAAUGGAAAGGUCCUUGGAGAUGGUUUGAUGAGUCUAUGUUAGAUUGUUGUGAGCCAUUGGAAAAAGUUAAAGCUGAGGGCAUAUCAUUUGGGAAGGUAGUAUGUCUGGCUCAAUGUGCUGGAGCUGAAGUUGAAGCAUUUCGGACAAGUCAAACCACCAUAGACCACUUCCGUCAGUUUGUUAAAAGAUGUUCUGUUUCAGAUAAUUGUCAUGUUGUCUCAUCAUAUCACAGAGCCGCUUUUAAACAGACAGGAACUGGCCAUUUUUCACCUAUUGGUGGUUAUCAUGUGGGAAGUGACAUGGUACUGAUAUUGGAUGUUGCACGUUUCAAGUAUCCUCCUCAUUGGGUUCCACUUACUCUCCUUUGGGAAGCCAUGGAUACUGUUGACGAGACAACUGGACACAGAAGAGGGUUCAUGCUUAUAUCCAGGCCACAGAGAGAUCCCGGGCUGCUUUAUACCCUGAGCUGCAAAGAUGAAAGUUGGGUUGGUGUUGCAAAGUACUUGAUGGACGACAUUCCUCAUCUGUUGAAGUCUGAGGAUGUGAAAGAUAUGGAUGGCAUUCUCAGUAUUCUUUGUGCAUCACUCCCAUCUGAUUUCGGGAAAUUCAUCCAGUGGGUUGCUGAAGUUAGGAGGGAAGGGGAUGGUGGUAUAGGGAUAAGUGAAGAAGAAAAAGAAAGACUUACGAUCAAGGAAGAGCUGUUGAAACAAGUUCAGGAUACUGGUCUUUUCAAGCACAUAGUUAAUUUUUUGUCUUCAACUUCAUGCUGCAGAAUAGUACCGGUUUUUGGUGGCAAUGAAAAUCUUCAUGAAAUUGCAGCCAGCGUCUGUUGCCAGGGUUUAGAAAUAUUAAGCGGAAGAUCCGGCCCCUCAGGCUGCUCUUGCUGUCGUGAAACUUGCUUUAAAUGCGUGAAUGGCAGUGGUGACAAACCUGUGACUGUGCUAAGUGCAACAAUCGUGAAUGGUAAAAACGAGGAAAAGGUCGACAUGCUGGUCCCGCAAUAUCUGAUGAAAAUCUGUUGUGGUGCACCUGAUGCCAAUAACUGCAUUAAAACUCUACCGGCUGGAAGUAAUAUCUUAACUGCACUUCUGUUGGCGUUGCCCCCUGAAACCUGGUGUGGUAUCAAAGAUAAGAAACUUCUGGAGGAAGUGCAGAGCCUUGUUUCGAUGGUUAAUCUUCCCGCCUUGCUUCAAGAAGAGGUUUUGCACUUGCGGAGACAGCUUUACCUUUUGAAGAAGUGUCAAGAGAACAAGGUGGACAAGGAUCUCUCUGCCCCUCGCACAUAGGGUUCCCUGUGGGAGUAGCAUGAGUAUUGUGUAAGCAAUUUCUAAGUCUGAUAAGCACGGCAAUUCUAAUUUUGCCCUGUUUUAGGGAAGGACAAUGCAUCAAGCAAGAACCACUUCAAUGCGUUAAGCAGGGAAGCAGUUUCCACUUUCUGGAGUUGUCUCCCUCGUCAUAAGAUAACCUAAUCGUGACAUUGCAAUGAAAGUCACUUCAGACGGCAUACAAGCUGUACAGGAGUAAAUUUAGGCUAUGAAGUCUUUUGUCAGGUCAAAACCCUGGAAUUUUAGGCCGAUACUAUUGUAGGGAAAAGAAGAUUUUAACUACUACCCGACCAGCGCAUGUGUCUGAGGCAUAAAAUACAGUAACUCCACUUAGCUAGCUCUUAUAGAAUUCUCCCGUCGAGAUAUGUCAACACGGGUGUGUUGACAAGGUGUAUAAAUUGAGGCUUGACAUUACUAAACUGUGAGAGUUGCUUCAGUUCAAG